AUGACUCUAUUUAAGAGAAGAGAGCGAGAGCGAGAGCCCGCUUCAGACUCUACCAGAAACAAGGAUAUCGGUGAGAAGACAGGGGUGUCUUCGGCCAGUCCUCCGAGUGAUGGCGUUCUUCCCCAAUACAACCACAAUGGUGAUGAGGUUACAGCAGGUAUACACCCAGACGGCGAGAGCGGCCGUCGCGGAUUCCAGCCAAUUCAGUUUUUCCGAAUCAUAUGGAGGUCCUCCUGCGCCGUCUCCAGCUGGGUCAAUAUCCUGUGGCCAUUUGUCCCAGCAGCCAUCGCUCUUCAUUUCAUCCAUGGAGACCAUCACCUCUGGACUUUCGCCAUCAACUACAUUGCCAUGGUCCCGGCGGCCAAUCUCUUGGGAUUUGCCGGGCAAGAGUUCGCGAGAAAGUUGCCCAAGGUGGCCGGAGUCAUCAUUGAGACCACUCUUGGUUCUAUCGUGGAAAUUGUGCUGUUCAUGGUCUUGAUCGCUAAGGACAAUGGCACGGGCGAGACCGGACCCGGCAACAAGAUACAGGUGAUCCAGGCUGCCAUUUUAGGGUCCAUCCUCACCAAUCUCUUGCUGUGUCUGGGCUUCUGCUUCUUGAUUGGGGGUAUCAAGCACAAAGAACAGAAGUUCCACGCCGCCAUCAGCGAAGUCGGGUCAGGCCUCCUACUUGUUGCCGGCUUUGCUCUCAUGAUCCCAUCCGCCUUCUUCUCUUCCUUAAUUGGCAGCACAGUUACCGGAGGUGAAGGCUACACCGAGGACAGACUCCGCAACGACACCCUCAGCAUCAGUCACGGCGUCUCCAUCAUCCUGAUUGCGUCAUUUGUACUCUACCUGCUCUACAACUGCGUAUCUCACGACAAUAUCUUUGCCGAAGUCCUUGAGGCCGACGAGGAAGCCGACCGAGACAGGCAUCACGACUUGCAAAAGGCCAAGUUGACCAUGACUGAAUGCAUUAUAGCCAUUGUUUUGGCAUUAGCCAUGAUUUCCUUAAUUGCGGUUUUUCUUGUGGAGGAAAUCGAGUACGUGGUCGAGCACGGAGUUCCCGACAACUUUCUAGGUUUGAUCCUGGUUCCCUUGGUCGAGAAGGCUGCUGAACACCUGACUGCCGUUGACGAAGCCUAUGACAACCAGAUUAACUUUGCCCUUUAUCACUGUCUCGGACCCUCUAUUCAGACCGCCCUCUUCAACGCGCCUCUUGUCGUCAUUGUUGGAUGGGGUCUCGGCAAACCGAUGGACCUCAACUUUGAGAUUUUCAUGGUCGUGCUCCUGAUCGUGGCCAUCCUGGUAGUAGGCAAUUUUUUGAGAGACGGCGCCUCCAACUAUCUCGAAGGUGGUCUCCUUGUGAUCGUCUAUAUUAUCAUCGCCGUUACAGCUUGGUAUUAUCCCAAUUCUGAACUGACGACCUCGAAUGGGCGCUCGUCAACCGAGACCACUGGAGAAGGAACCGAAGCAUUGGUCAAAAUUGCGAGGAUGAUGAUGUCUUGA